ACAUACAAUGGCAAGAAAAAAGAAUCCCAAAAAGAAAUUGGAAAUUGUUUUUGAUCCACAAAAGAGAAAGGAAUUUUUAACUGGAUUUCGUAAACGUAAAAAUGAGAGACGCAAGCGUGCCCAGGAGGAAUUGGAACGUAAUCUUAAGGAAGAACGUCGCCGGAUACGUUUAGAAAUUAAAGAUGGUAUUAAACAUAUGAAAAAGUCAUUUGAACCAUUAAAGGAACUUACCGAAGCCGAUAAACGCAAUGAGGAUGAGUAUGAAGAUGAUGACGUGAAGGUUAAAAUUGUGGAACUUUCUACGGGAGAUUUAGCCGCCCAACGUAAUAUGUUGGGAGUUAAUCGUGGCGAAGAAUCUGAGGAAAGUGAGAAGGAUGCCAAAUCAGAUGAUGAUGAAGAGGAGAACAAUAGUCCAAACUGUAUACCAGGAAUGGAUUUUGAUAUUAAUGCCAAGAAAAGAAAACAUGCCAGAGAAUCGGAUAAUGAUGAUGGUGGUGACAGCGAUGAGGAAGGUGCUGGUGGCAAAAGUAAAAAAUCAAAAACUGAAAAAGAAAAAUUAGAAUUGAAAACCAAAAAAGAAUUGGAUCAUUUCAAAAAGGUUAAGACCAUGAAGAAGCUAAAGAAAACUAAAGCGUUUAAAAUGAAACAACAGUUAGACAAAAAGGCCAACCAGAAGAAGGCUAGAAAAGAUCGAAACAAUACGUUGAAAAGCCUGCCAGCUCAUCUGAGAAAAAAGAAAAAAUUCCAAAAGAAUCCAUAUAGCAAGGGAAGACUUCUUAACAGAAGGCAAAUAAGAAAAAAGAACAGUAGUGGUUAA